ACUGCGCGGCCGUAAGAGUGCCAUAUUUUCGCAAGAUUUAGAUUUUUUUUCAAACAAGAGUGGAAACGCCGGCAACACGAAUUGCGAAUGCCUCCUCUAAAAAAUACAUUUGCAUGCCACAGCGAGUUCAACUCGAGUGAUUCAGUCAGUCGGCAGGCCGUACAAAAAACGCCUAGUGUAUUCUGAAGCACAGCACUGUGACUUUGGAAUAACCUCUUCAACCGUGCGCGAGGAUUGUUUGAAGAAGAAAACGACAAAACUCUAUUUCGACGCCACUCAAACUUUUCCGGGAAUGGUAGGAGAAGUUACAAGCAGGGGUGUGCCCUCGGUGACACUUUGGGGUUGAUUAUUUCGUUAAAUAAUCUUCAGUUAUGGGAUUAAACAUCUCGGCUGGGCGGACAUUGCAAGAGGAAGGAUCACUGGAUGCCAGAAAUGAUGAUAAGAUUGUUAAAUACAUGAAGGAUGUGAUAAAUGGGGACAAUGUUCAUGUAUCCAGAGAGGAUGACGAAGACCCUUUCUUUGUCUUAGAUCUGAAGGAUGUGGAGAAGAAGCACCACCUAUGGAAGCAGGAGUUUCCAAAUGUGCAACCAUUCUAUGCUGUUAAAUGCAACUCCAACAGAAGAGUACUAGAAAUGUUAGCUAUACUUGGAGCUGGUUUUGAUUGUGCGAGCAAGGUAGGCAUGAACGGCGGAGUUACAGCAGGUGCUUGAUCUAGGCGUUCAGCCUAAUAGGAUCAUAUAUGCACACCCAUGCAAAGCCAAAUCACACCUCAUGUUCGCCAAGGAGAACGAUGUCCGACUCAUGACGUUCGACAACGAGGACGAGCUCGUCAAAAUAAAAGAAGUCUUUCCAAAAGCGAGGUUAGAUCGACAAAAGAUGUUACGUUAUCACAUUUAGGUGCACUUCUUUCAGGUUUUUUUUUCAAACUUGCUUCUUAGUUUUCAUUUUGAAAAAGGAAAUUUCCUUUUUGUUUGUUUCGAAUUACCACCAUUUAAUAUACCUGCCAUAUGCUGUUAUACUAACUACCACCAUGAUUACGGCCAUGACAAGGCAGAUUUGUAAAAUAAGGAGGACAAUAAACUGAUAAACAUUUAUUGACAGAUCUUCUCUUGGUCUUACUGGUGGUUUCGGAAAUAUGCUGGCAAGAUGACAUCAUUUUAAUCUGUUAAAAGAAAUGCCUUACAUCUAAGUUUCAUUUGCACUUGUCAAUUGAUAAGAGUUCAAAUCAAUCGAAUUAGGUUCAUGUAAAUUUUCAACAAAACUGGAUGAAUAUUGACGAGGAAUGGUGGUAUUGGAAUAAUUAUAGUACUUAUUUUCAAGGGACUCAUGGGAGAUGACGUCAUCCGUUUUCUCAUUGCUAAUCCAUGAUGGCGUAUAUCAUAUCAUCGGGGUCCCCGAUCCCGAUUUUUUUCUUUAAAAAUGUAUUUUCUUUUAUCUGACUGUAUACCUACGUCAAUUGAGGACUUUCCAAUUAGCCUACAAUAUACGAUAAUUCUUCGGAAUAUUUUUUAACGUUUUUUGUGUAAGAUUUUUUAAGGGUUUAUCAAGUGUGCUAAACAAGUUGAUUUAGUACCGUACAGAUGCUGAUAAUAAAUAAUGGUGAUAAAUGUGUUCAGAUGUUUAUAAAGCAAUCUAUAGCAAUUAAUUUAUAAUUAGAGUUCGUAUUCAUACUCAAGUUUACAAGUAGGCUUAUCCCACUCACAUGACCUGUAUAUAGAUUAGCUGUUUGAAUUAUAAUGCCGGGAUCAUAUGUCAAUGAAAUUCAGUAUAUAUUAUAUAUAUAUUGUGAAAGAAAUGGACGAAGAGAAAAAUGGUAGGCGUAGCUUAAAUCAAGGAUCCCCAGAGCUAUC